AUGGAUGAUUACAAAUUUGAUUCAAAAGAUGAACAUAAGGUCACGGCUUUGGAAGAUAAUUCAACUAAUAACAUAAAUUUUGUUUAUUCUUGGAUUGAAAAUGCACUCUUUAUCAUUGAAAAAACGCCAAGAGAUAAUAUAGAUAAUCUUAAUUGUGUGGAAUCUGCAUACAAAAGCUUAGAUUCAUCAUACAAAUUCAUUGAAUCUACUAAAAUUAGCAACUUUAUUGACGAAACUAUUCUAAAUCAGUUAUUUCAAGAUCUAAUUUCCGAAAAUAGCAUAAUUGCACAAGGAGCAUCAAUUCUUUUACGAUCCUAUGCUAAAGACCAAUCAAAGCUAUUACUUGAUUUCUCACAAAAUGAUGUAUUUCAGAAUCUGUUACAAAUUUUGAUAGACAAUCACAAUAAAACUAUAUUAGCAAAUAUUACCAGUGUUAUUAUCGAGUGUUUAUGCAGAAAGGCACUGAUUUCACAAGAAAUGAUACAAAAUUAUAAAGAUUUACUAUUUAAUUCAAUCAAAAGUUUAAUUACCAAUGCAUCAGACUAUAAUGAUUCAAACACAUCGAAUAUACUUUAUUUACGUGCAUUACUCCUUCUCUACACUUAUAUUAAAAAUUAUAAUAUUGAUGAAAGCAUUUGCGUUCAAUUACAUGCAUUACUUCAAGAGUUCAAUGAGAUAUGGAUUAAUUUAGAAAAUGAAGACGCAAUGAAAUUUUAUUUUUGGACUUAUUUUGAUUUAAUUCAUUCAAAUCAAGAAUUAGAGUUAAAUGAUCAAUUUUAUAGCAUAUUAAUCAAAUGGAUGAACAUAUAUAACUCAGAUUGCUUAAAUUUAGUUGUUUAUUUACUAAAUUUAAAUAAAUUUCCUCAAAUUGAUGAUACAGACUUUGCACUACAACAAUUAUGCAAGACAAAAGAUUCACAGCAAUUUCUAUUGUUAUUGGAUUUAGAAGAAGCUCUUUUUGAGCAAAAUCCUUUUAAUUUAGAUUAUUUUUUCAACAAAGAUCGAAGUUUCCCAGUUCUAAUUAACGGGAAUGCUGAAAUGCUAUCUUUUGCUUGUUUACAGCGACUUUCAUUAUUUUAUGCAAAUAUUUGCUUAAUGAGUGAAUAUACAGAACAACUUUUCAUAUCAGGAAGUUUUAAUAUCUUCAAGCGAACAUUUGAUCCUGACAGUAGUUAUUGUGAAUUGAUAAUUAAAGCAAUUCUAAAAUUUUUAUACAACGAAACCAUCAGAAAAUCUAUCCUGAGAGAUUUGGAAAAUGAUGCAUCACUAAUUGAAGAUAUCCAAACCUGUGCUGAAUCCGAAAACAAAGAAAUUUCCGAAAUUUCAGAAUUUUUCAUAAACGAGUAUGAAAGAAUUAAAGACGAAUCAUCUCAAUCAUAA